AACCUUCUAGAUAUAAACAAACAAAUAAUUUCAAGAAGCAAAAUAAGCCAGAAUAUAAACUUUUUUUCGGAAUAACGGACAAAUACAUUCUCGUCACCAGAGUUCUUUGGGAAUAAAACCUCAGGCUUAUCUCAAAAUGCUUUUCGGGUCAAGAAUAGGACGAACAGAAUUUUUGAGGCCUCUGUCCUAUGGUUGCUACACAAUGUUAUUGUUACAAAGUUUAAAACGGUAACGUUUGUAAUUUUACCUUCAUGUUUAUUCCAAACGAGUUAUCUCAACGCAAAUAUUUUUCACGUGAAAAAUAGCUGCAUAAAAUAUUUAUGAAGGAAAGCGGUUUGCUGAAUAGGUUACGAAUUAUUUUCCCGUUUUGUUAAAGUUUUGAAUCGGUAAUUCUAUCUACUCAAUUAUGCAUAAAUAUUCGCAACGCUCGGGUAAAUAUCCCCUGUCCCUGGAGACCAUUUUUUACAAAAGAGAAUAUCCCUCUGGGGUUUUGUUAAUACUUCUCAUAUAUAAAUACUUGAGAAUUUUAUCAGGCGUUGGUUACAGAAACAAACUUUUACCGUUAUUAGUGUUCUCGUAAUUUUAAAUAAUAAACUGAUCAUUAGAAGUGUAAAAUGAUUGUUACAUUAUACAUAAAUAAUGACAAUAAAUUGGAAAGUUGUUCAAGAAGAUUUUUCUUUUACCGAUUUCGAAAUUUUAAGUACCCUAGGUUCAGGUGGCUUUGGGACGUGUUACGAAGCAAAAUACAAAACCACUCACGUCUGCGUGAAAAAACUUGACCGUACAUCCAAGAAGAAGGCCGCUACACAGAGUUUCCAAGCUGAAACCAAAGAAGAAUUCUUUAACUUUAGCCAUCCUAACAUUGUAAAGCUUCUAGCAGCAUCUCCAGCAAAUUUAUUGAGCACAGAUGCUGUAGUCGCUGAUCUUGUUAUGGUGUUUGAAUUUAUUGAAGGAAGAAAUUUGCAGUCACUAUUAGACGAUCACGAAGAAGACAUUGGUGCAUCAGAGAUGUUAAGAUUUGGACAUGAAAUUGCGUCAGCCCUGGAUUACGUGAAUGGCUUUCAUAUAGCUCACUUAGACUUGAAACCAGCGAAUGUUAUGGUCACUCCUGAUGGGCUGUGCAAACUUGCUGACUUUGGGUGCUCGCAAUACAUAGAAGAAGAUCCAGUUACUCCCACCAGGUCCUGUUUAACUGGGACAUUUGCGUAUAGGGCUCCUGAACUUUUGAGAGGUGGGUCGCCGUCUGCAAAAUGUGAUGUGUAUGCCUUGGGAAUUUGUUUAUGGCAAUUUUGGAGUCGCGAAUUUCCAUUCUCUGGUAUGCAACAACACGCUGUUAUCUUUCGAGUCGUCAAAUCCAACUUAAGACCAGAAUUUAACAAGGAUAAACCGAUUGAUCCUUCGUAUAAAGAUUUGACCACUCGUUGCUGGUCAGCUGAUCCAUGUGCACGUCCAAGUCUUCAAGAAGUGAUGGAAACUUUGACCUUUAUGAAGGAUCCAACAGAUUUACACAGAUGAAGAAUUAAAGACACAAGACUUUUACAUUGUUUUUAUAUAUAUAUAUAUUUGAAUUUUAUUUAUUUGUAUAAAUUCUAUAUUAAUUGUAUAUAUUUAUUUAUAUAGAAAUAGAAAUUGUUAAAUAAGAAAAAAAUUGCAAAAUAAAAUAAAUCUGUAAAAUAUUUAAUAACUUGAUUAUUUUAAAAAUUCCGGUUACUUUUUACGAGAAUAUUUUUACGUAUUAUUUUUAUAAAUAUAUCAUUUUACCACACUUGUGAUAAAAAUAUUUAAAAUAAGCACUCUUUUUAUCCCAAUGUUGCUAGUUACAGCCUAAAUGGCCAGUGUUUCGGACUUUAGCCUAUAAUAUGAUGAACAACUUCUGCAUUCUCUCUGCGCUGUGUUAGGAAUUUGUUAGUAGAUUUUUUACUCCGGUACCUUUUUAUAAUAAAUUAUAAUAAACUCAACAACGAACGCAUUAUAGCUGGUCUUCACCACUAACUAUUCGGAAUUCAAAAAUUUAAAAAUAACAACAAGAUAGAUCUGCUGUUCUGUACACGGACAUUCAGUAAAAGUAAAAUUAGUCAAAAAAAUUGUUUUUUUUUUAUGAAGAUUUAUCCCCAGUAGCGAGAACCUUGCCACUGAGAUGUCUACCAAGGGAUUGUGCCAACUCGGGGUUUCAACUUCACUAGAUUCACCAUGAACUCAGCACUAAGAAAAUAGAUUGCCUAGUCGGUUGUACAUAGAUGGUACAUUUGGAAUAUUAUAACUUGAAGAAAUAAGAACAUACAGGAAUGUUAUGGAGGACGAAGACGUAUAAGCAAUGAGCGAUGCGGAUUAAAAACAAUUUAUAUAGUCAAAUCGAUCCAUUUUUUGAUGAUAGAUGUGGUGAGAUAUCGCUUUAUUACAAGCUUUG